AAAAGUUCCACAAGGAUAGUAAUUUGAGCACAUUAGUCAAAUGCUAGGUGAAACAGAGAAAAACAAUCAAAGUUCCAGAGCUUUGAGACUUGGGAGAAGGAUGAAAGUAGAGUCACCCUUUCCGUCCUUUUGCGUUUGUUCCGCAAAAAGUUUACUGUUGGAGUUUUCUCUUAGGAAAAACACACACUGGCCAUAGUCUUUGGCCGCCUCCUCUUGUCCUCUUGGUGUCCUCCUGUGCGAACCCUGUGUCCUUUUCUUGUCCUCCUGCUGUCCUCUGGCCGUGCUGGCGAGCACUGUGCCACCAACAUUGGAAUUCAAGGAGUUGACAUGCUGGGGUCUAUGCUGGCAGCAAAGUUAGUUCACGUACAUGUCAGCAUGAACUAUUUCAUGUACACGUAAGUAAGCUCACUUCACUCGUGUUGCGUGUUGCACUCAUUUGAGGUGUGCUUCUUGAGUUGGAAUCGGUGGACUCUGGAGACUUCUUCUUUUUGGAGGCCCAGGAGGUGGUGAAUUGCUGCGGGCUGGCGGCCCCACGGGUGGCGCAAAUGCUGGGGAUGGAGGAGAUUCCCAGAGCCUACUUCUGCCGUGGCAGCUACUAUGCUCUUCAAGGUGGCCUGAAACCCUUCUCUCGGUUGAUCUACCCUGUGCAUGAGCCGCAGACCAGUGGUCUGGGAGUGCAUGCCACCGUGGAUUUACAAGGACAAGUUCGCUUUGGUCCAGAUGUGGAGUGGCUGCCCAAUGAGAUUCGACCAGGGAAAGAGGUGGAUGAGGUCGCCUACAGUCCUCAGCAAGCCAUUGCCUAUGAAGUCGAUACCAACAGAAGCAAGUCCUUUUACUCAGAGGUGCGCCGCUACUGGCCGCAGCUGCCCGAGGGCUCUCUGGUGGCCGACUACGCUGGGGUGAGACCCAAGCUUUCGGGUCCAGGAGAGCCGGCAGCCGAUUUCCAGGUGGCCAGAUAUGGCAAGUUGGUGAACCUUUUCGGCAUUGAGAGUCCGGGGCUCACGUCCUCCUUGAGCCUGGCCCGGGAGGUGGUCCACCUGCUAGGUGCCAAGUCGAGCUGAUCCACUUCAACUGGUGAUCUGCAACAUUUGGCAGCUGGACGUGCCGGCCUCUCCAGCUUAUUGUGGGGUUUGAGAAACUUGGAACAUGCUCGACAGGAGAAUUUUCAGAGGAAGGGAGCCAGCAGCUGGGACAGGCAAUGGAUCCUCCACUUUCGCAUCCAGACAUGGGACCUUCGUGUCAGGUGCCCGGGGUGGAUGCACUUGACAAGCAUAGCAGCAUAGCACUGCAAGAGUGGCUUGCAGCAACUUCACUGCUUCUGGUUCCCCGAGCUUUUCCUUCAACGACUUUGCAAAGGAAAGAUAGAUCUUCGAGGGUCUGAAUCACUCCGAUUGACAGUGCGCUUACUGCUUGCUCCCUUGGGAUCGCUUCGUAGCACCCAUUCAUUCAUUCCUUCAUUCAUUCACAGGCUUCCAUUGUGUCAUGCUACAAAGGAAGCUGCUGGGAGCGUCAAGACACCUUUGUCCAGGCCAACUGAAGCACAUCUCAGCCGUUGUGGCACCUCAUGGUCACCAUGAUGUGAUUGUGACCGAGGGUAAUACUCUUCUUCAAAGCCUUUCUUGGCUGCAAUACCUCCCAUUCCUCAUGAUGAAUGUGAAACACUUUGUCGUAGGGGCUGCCAAAGUUAGAGGCUAUGGCUAUGAGAGCAGCAACGUGUCCGUUUGACGGAAAUGAGGCUGACGAGGGAGAGUUGUUGCAGGUCCAACAUACAGCAAUGUCCCCUUCACUGGAUUUGCUUGAUCAGUGCGUCAGUGAAGUCCUUGAGGACUGCAAGUUGAUUGCCAGUAACCAUUGAGUGGCAGGGUUGCAGGACCACCCAGCCAUGGUGGGCAGGACCACCAAGGUGGCCUUGUCAGGUGGGUGGUUGCUGGCAUUCUAUGCCUGACGAAGGGUGCAGGAUUUGAUGCCUCGGGCCAGGCGCGCCUGGCAUCAUGGCUUGGCCCGUGACUCGCGGGACGAGAUUUUUCGGUUUCACACGUUGUGAAGACAGUGUGACAGUGUGUGUGUGUGUGCGCCA